AUGCGACGCGUGGUGCGGGCUGCCAGGGUCCUGGGCUCCCUCGGCGGCUCCGCAGGGGCCCCUGGGGGGACCGCAUCCCCGGACGUCGCCUCGAACGCACCGGAGCUGCUGCAGGGUCUGUGCCGGUGGCUGUCUUCGGGGCCGCGCGGCCCUCUCGACGACGCGGUGGCGGAUCCAUCCCGCCCGGGGACACCGUUCGCGGGCUCCGGGACGUCCCCGGCGGCGGACGGCGCAUCGCCUGCGCCCGAGCCGAUAGACGGACUCACGAGCGAUGACUGGUGCGGCGGAGCGGCCGCGCGGUACUACGCAGAGGUCGCGGGCGAGGAUGCUGCCACGCUGGCGCCCGCAGCAACCGUGCGCUGGCCCGGGUCGGGCGCGGGGGGCGCCGGCGACGACGGCGCGACGACGCUCGACCUGCGCGCGGGCACCGUCGCGCGCAGCGCGGACGGCUCGUGCCUCGCGACCCUGGGCGGCAACAGCGUGUUGGCCGCGGUCUGGAGCCCCGACGAGGGCGACCUGGCAGCGCAGCGCGCCGGGUCGGGCGCGGGGGGGGCCGAGGUGACGGUGUUCGUGAGGAGGCGCUCGGCGGCGUCGGGCAUGAUUCCCGGGUCCCGGGAUCGCAGAGACCGGCCGAGCAGCCGGGACGCCGCGCUGGGCCACUCCAUCGAACGGGUCCUCGUCCCGCUGCUCCCCGCGGGCUUCAGCGCGCGCCUCUUCGUCGAGAUCACGCCCCUCACCCUCGACCCCAACACCGACACCCUGCCCCUCCUGGUCAACGCCGCCCUCGCCGCGCUCCACACGUCGUCGCACCCCACCCUCGGCCCCGCCGCCGCCGUCCGCGUCGCGCUCACGCACGCCGGCGGCCUCGUCGUCUCGCCCGACGCCGCGCAGCUCCGCGAGGCCGCGCAGGCGCUGCUCUACGUGGGCGCAGCAGGGGCGCCGCACUCCGACGCGCAGGACGGGUGCGUGUACGCGGAGACCAUGGCGGUCGCGCACGGCCGCGGGCAGGCCGCCUCGCGCGACGCGCUGCGUCGCCUCGUCGCCGCCGCACGCGGCGAGUGCGGGCCGCUCGUCGCGGCGCUGCGGCAGCUGGGCGGCGGGCUCCGGACGCGCCCGGCGGUCCUGGCGAGCGCGGACGCGGCGGCGACGGCAGUGGUCGAGGCGUGCGCGGGCGGGCUGCUGCGGGAGGCGCUCGUGCCCGGGACGCGGGCCGAGGACCACCGCGCCGCGCCGACGGUCGACGUCAGGAUCCCCGACCAGGGAGGCGUGUCCGGCGACAUGUCCGAGGCUGCCGCGGACAACCGCCGCCCGUUCUCGGCCGGGGGGGACCUGCGGGCGCCUUCGGGGGUGUUUCCCGCGGGCGGCGUCAUCGCCGAGGCCGCCGGGGUGGCGCGGCGGCUGCGGGCGGCGCGCGCGGCGUGCGACGACGCGGGCCCCGCGCGGCUCAGCGCGGCGAUGCAGACGCUGAGGGAGCUCCCGGAGGCCGUCAAGUCGUACCUGCUUCGCAAGGGACUCCUCCGGGUGCAGAAGUCGCGCGUCCCCGGCUCCGGAAUGGUCAGCGCGGCCGACGUCGGGCUGGCGCUGCAGGACCUGCACAGGCGGUACGUCCUGGACGCGGCGCUGUCGGGCUCGCCGCGCGUCGACGGCCGUGGGCUCGAGGAGGCGGGGUCUCUCAAGUUCGAGCCGCUCCCGCGCAGCGGCGCUGUGCUCGGGUCGCUGGGGGAGAGCGCGGUGUACGCGUCGGCUGUGGUGACGAGCGAUCCGCGGGACGUCAUGGCGGAGGACGAGGACGUCGCGACCCGCGGGCUCUCGCACGCCGGCGAGGACAACGCCGCGGGCAUGAUCGUGCACUGCGGGCGCGCGAUGAGCGGAUCUCGGGGCCGCAGGGCCAGCAGCGCUGCGAUCUCGCAGGAGGACAGCUCCGACUCGAUGCUGCUCGAGCGCGCGCUGUCGGCGGCCGUGUACGCGCCCGUCGGGGACGGCGAGGGAGCGCCGCCGGGGACGUUCCCGUUCGGGACGCGCGUGCAGGUGGAACGGAUGUCGGGCGCGGCGUCGGCGCUGCCGCUGCUCGCGGCGGCGGCGUCCGCGGCGCUGCACUCUGCCGGCGUGCCCAUGCAGGGCGGCCUGGUGGGCGGCGGCCGCACGGCCGUGCUGCGAGAGGGCGGGCCCGAGGGCGCCGUCGCGGCAAAGCUGCCGCCGGGGCCGUGCGGGGCGCACGAGGGCCUCGUCGGGCCGCGCAGGCCGGGGCCGGAGGGGUACUGCAUCCUGACGGAUCCGUCGUCCAUCGAGGAGGCGGUCGCGGACGCGCUGGUCGACGUCUUCGGCCCCGAACAGGAGAUCUCGUCGCUGCGGGUGUCCUUGCCUCGCGCGGGCUGCCCGCCGCUGCCGCUCGACAUGCUCCUGGAAGCAGUGGAACGGGCCUCCGAACACCGCGACUCCGUCGUCGCCACCCUCCGAGACACGCUCGCGCCGAGCAAGGCCUCCUGGCGCAGCCUCUCCGUGGCCCAGGGCGAGGUCCGCCGGCUUUCCUUCGGCGGCAUGAGCCUCCGCAAGCGCAUCGAGGCAAAGUCUGGCGCCCGCAUCUCCAUCGCGCCGGAGCCCUCCUCCUCCGUCGCCGUCUACGCACCCGACGCCGCCGCGAUGCAAGCGGCCCUCGACGCGCUGUCCCACGCGGUCAGGAUCGUCGACGGCGCCGCCGAGGGCGCGGCGGGAUCCCCCGACGGGCUGGCGCCGCGGCGGGCGCUCGAGGUCGGGAAGCGGUACAGCAUGCGCGUCAAGUUCGUCAGGGACACGUUCGCGGUGCUGACUGAGGUCGACCCCGACGGCCCCGGACACCCCGCGGAGGGGUUGUUGCACAUCUCGGAGGUGUCGCCGCGUCGGAUCGAGCGGAUGCAGAGCGCACUGGCGCCCGGGACGGUGGUGGAGGUGGAGUGCAUCCGCAAGCAGGCAAACGGGACCAUGGAGGUGUCGCGCAAGGCGGUGGAGGCGAGGCAGGCGCUGGGAGAGAGCGGCAGCAGGAAGGAGGAGGGGCGAUAG